AUGGCCUCCAACCUUUCUGCCAAGACGCCUCAAGUGAUAUCCAUAGACAGCAGUAGUGAUGAAGGUGAACAAAGCACGCGUCCAAAGAAGAAAUCUCGCCACGAACCCAACACGGGCUGUUCUUCCCUGCUGGAUCUGAUACCAGACCGAGCACGUCUUGAGGCUGAACGAUUGGCACGAAGAAAGGCUCGUGACGAUAAGAACGAAGUCAAACCUAGUACUUUGGUUGAUUCAUCCGACAAAUCUUCUCCUAUUCCUGAAGAGACUGUGGCCCCAACGCAUUCGCUCGACUCCAACAGCCGUUCAAAACAGUCAAUCACCAGUAGCACCAGUAACACCAAACUAGAAACAUCGGGGUAUUGGAAGGGAGUUAUUAAAUUGAGUUACAAUGAAUGGCACUCUGAUUCGCAGGAUGCUAUACGUGCAGAGGAUAUCAUUUACCCAAAACACAAAGUCACCAAGGCUUUGGUGAGCGGGUAUGUUGUUGACAUCGGCUGGCUACGUGGUUUGUUCGAUCCGGGUACUCCGCUCCUCAUCAUCAAACACGACAAAGACGCUGGCACGUUCAAACUCAAACAGCGCCCCAAUACAUUUCUCUGUCAUCCACCGAUGAAACUUACUGCCAAAGGAAGCCUAGCUCAUGGGGCGAUGCACGUGAAGUUCUUCAUCAUCUACUUCGCCGAUCGAGUUCGUGUGGCUAUAUCGACGGGGAACCCAGUUGAAUUUGAUUACCAGACGCUCGAAAAUAUUUUCCGCAGCAAACACCUCAGACUCGCACGCGAGGUCCGAAUGAAUUUCUCACCAAGCUGCAAGAUUUGCUACGCCAGAUGGGUGUUCCCGGAAAUUUUUCAGAUGAUCUAA